UAUUAUUUUUUCGGCUACAACAAACUGUCAAGCCGAUCAAAACAAAAAUUGCUAGUGGCGUCAGAGAAGUUGAAAGUUUUAAAAUUUUGAUGAAAAUUGUUUUUAAUUGUAGAAUACCAGUCUGGCGCGGAAAAAUAGUGCAGCAAAUGUGCGACGAAUAUUUGCGAAUCUAAUUACGAGGAAUUAAUUCUGUUAGCGUUUACUGCCCCGGCUGUCCUGAUGGGGGAUUCCAGUGCCGAGACCAGUGUACAAUCACAUAAACCGAAAGUACCGAUUACGAUCGAUAUUUUAUCUGACGAUGAAGGAGGACCAUCGAAUCAAGAAUCGACCACGAUCGACAAGGGAGACUCAGCUUCUGAAACUAAAGAUGAAAAAGCAGAAGAAAAGUCAGUAGUUGCAGUUGAAACUGAGGAAGCAGCUAGUGCUGUUGAGGAAAAUAAAGAGCCGGUAAAAACAUUGCCGGAUGAUUCGAAGAGCUCAGAAUGUGAAAAUUCAGCUAAGAAAAAAAGAAAAACGGAGAUCAUCCGAAUAGAUGACGACGAAGAUGAAAAGAAGAACGCGAAGGACCAAGCCGGUGUGAAAAUGCCUGAUAGUGAGCCGUCAAAACAUGUGAAAGUAAUAGAAGAAUCUGUUGAAAAAUCUUCAGAGCAAGCAGAUAGCACAGAAUUCUUAGAGGUUGUUCGUGAGGAGACAAACAGCAAGAAAAUUCCGAGCAACAGCGUUUCACCGGUUGAUUCUACUGAAGCAACGCAACCGACUGACCCAGUGAAUUCCGGCAGCGUAGAGGAAGCUCCAGAGGCUGAACAGAAAACAGACGACAAGGAAAAUGAAAGCAAACAAAAUGCAGAGGAAAAUCCUAACGAUGAUAUAAUUAUGUUGGAUGAGAAUUAUGAUAACGUGGAAAAGAAGAAAUCGAAAACAAAUGCAAACCAAGAUAAUAUGGACUGUGAAAAUGAGAAUGAAGAUAAUUCGAGCAAACAACAGGCUUCUAUGGAUGGAGAUAAACUUCCAGGCGAUCGGAAUAAACCUGAUUCGUCGCACUCGGAUAAUACUCCACCCACAGAAGAAAAACGAAAACUAGCAGAAACCAAUAAUGAAGAAAACAAAGACAAAAAUGAAGACGUCGAUGUAGAAUUAGACCAUAAACCUACGAAUGCAGUAGAAAAAGAAACUGGGGAUAAAAAUAAUGAUGAUAUCAUGGAUUUAGAUUCUGAUUCGACAAACGCAGAACCAACGGACAAACAAGCUCAAAGCUCUCAAAAUUCAUUAGACAAGCAAAGUGAAGCAGACAUGACAGAUGAAGCAUGUUCAAAGAGUGAAAACAAUACUGAACAGACGAAACCGGAUUUGGACAAACCUAAAGUUUUAGAAGAAGAUAACAAACCACAAUCAUCCGAUCAGACCCCAGCGAAGAAGCAAAUUGUGCUUGACGAAAAAUUGGGAACAUUCGCAGAAAAAGAUGCCCUACCGGAGGAAAAAGUUCCCGUUCUAAUAACGGGUGACUCAGAUGAAGAUGUUGUCAUGAUUGAGGACGAUGAUCAGAAAGACCCGAAGGGUGCGAAUCUGUUACCUAAAAAAACUGAACCGACAAGCAGCACUGCAUCUAAAGGGCCGAUACCAAAGGUGGACGCUAAGCAGGAAAAACCAAGUCGAAAAGUGCUGAGUAUUGACUGCGUCAAUCCCGAAUGUAAAAAGGAUUGUAAAGAAACUGCACCAGCACCCGCCUUUGUGCUCAAUUUCUUCGGUGUGCCAAAAAAAUCCAAACGACAACGCGUUUGUAUGGUUUGUUAUGACGAUGUCCUGCUCAAAUACUCUAAUCUUUGUGGCAUGAUAAUGGAUCAGCAACCGUUAUUGUUCUGCGAGCUCCCUCAGAAAAAUGAACUCGUCGAGAUAUCCGAUAGCAGCGAAGAAGAGGAAGACGAAGAAAUUAAAAAGGAAGUGGAAAAGCCACUUGAAGCCGAUAUUAUUUCACUGGUAGAAUCGGAACUGAACGACAUUUUGACCGACACAUUCGAGAAAAUUAAUCUCAACCAACAAAUAGAUUGGACGGAACAAAUUAUGACACAAAGGAUUGCCUACAAUACGAAGCUUUCCAACGAAAUCAACAACGAGUUGAGCGAAUUGCAGCGCAAGGUCGACCGAAUCCAUUUGCAACUUUACUCUAAAUCUCGGCCGAGAUAUCAGGAUUUGCCACCGUGUAACAUUUAUCACGAAGUGGAUCUAGUGAAUAAGAGUCAACUAUCAUCUUCGUGUCAAACACCCCAAAGAACGCAACAGCAAGCGAAACAAACACUCCAAACUUCAACAUCAGCGCAAAGUGUGGUGUCCUCUACUCCCCAAGCAGGAAUUGUGGCGAAAAAAGAAGAUUUAUUCAUCAGGCCAGCGAUUGUCGUUGGUCAGUUCUAUUUUGCGGUUAAACACAAACUUCUCAGCAAUUGGGCUGAAUGCCAAAUAGUUGAAGCGGUGACCGUAUCAGACAAAUGUGUAUACAAGGUUAACUUCCUGUUCAAUCAAGGCGCCAACACCACUCCGGUCAAAGUUGUUCCAGCUAGAUAUCUUGCCUAUCGGCACUCUUUCAAUGUGAAACUACCAUUGGGCACUCGUGUCAUUGCACGUUUCGAUGCAGGUACUACACAACCAACGCAAACUAAGCAACCGUCACAAACAAAGACAUGCUCGUUCUAUCCUGGUAUCAUAGCCGAAUCGUUCGGCAAGUAUAACCGUCAGCGCUAUUUGAUUUUCUUUGACGACGGAUACGCACAGUACGUAGGUCAUGGCGAUGUGCGAGUCGUUUGCGAGGAAUCAAAAGAAGUGUGGAUGGAUAUUCAUCCACAUUCACAGGAGUUCAUUAAGAACUAUCUGGCGAACUUCCGCUCCCAGCGACCUAUGGUGCAGGUGAAAGUUGGUCAACGAAUAAUCACCGAAUGGAAAGGCAAGUGGAUUUACGCCAAAGUGGUAGAUAUCGAUGCUAGUUUGGUGCAGUUGCAUUUCCCCGACGACAACCGCUACGAAUGGAUAUAUCGAGGUUCUACUCGACUCGGCCCGUUGUACCAGGAGAAGGCCCUCAGUAUGGGCAAAAUGAGCAACAACAAAUUCUCCAAAUUUCAAAAACGAAAUGAGCCCUCUAUUGAGUACAUCACUAUCGAUGACGAUGAUGAUGCUCAGAAUAAACAGCAGGAUGUGAAGAAGCCAACCCCCCAGGAGCAGGCAUUGCAAAGCUACAAUCAACAAAACAAAUCCAUCUCGCCGUCAGACGCUGUUGCAAAUCGUUCCGUUGCCAAGAAGAGUACUACUAUCGUUCGUACUGGUUCCACGUCCAGCUCCCAACCAUCGGCGGUUUUCAUGAACAGCUCCACAAUUUACUGCGAAGAUGACCGACCCAAGGGAAAAAUCGUGUAUUAUACCGCCAAGAAACAUCUGCCUCCACUGAAAUACAAACAGCACGAGUGUAACCCGAACUGUCUGUUCAAAAUUACGCACAAUCUCAAAUCGUAUAGCCCUUUGGCAAAACCGCUGCUCUCGGGUUGGGAGCGGCAACUUUGCAAAAUGAAAUACAAGAAAGUAUUUGUCGUGUACCGUGCUCCAUGUGGCAGGCGGUUGAGAAACAUGUACGAGCUGCACAAGUACAUCCGGAUGACCAAAGCCACGUUGAAUGUGGACAACUUUGACUUCGAUCCUAUGGUCCAUUGCCUGGCGGAAUACGUGAUCGAGAAUCACAUCUACCACAAUCCGGAUAUCUCGGACGGGCGCGAGUUCAUGGCGGUCCCGUGUGUCAACUACUUCGACGAUUCGAAACCUCCUCCGUGCAUAUACUCUACGGAGCGGAUCCCAUCGGAAGGCGUGAAACUGAAUCUGGAUACAGAUUUUCUGUGCGGUUGCGAUUGUGAAGACGACUGCCUCGAUAAAACUCGUUGCCAGUGCUGGCAGCUUACGAUCGCCGGUGCUAAAUUCGGUAAUCCAACCACUUCGAUCGACAACAUCGGCUAUGUGUACAAGCGGCUGCAGGAAACGGUUGUCACCGGAAUCUAUGAGUGCAAUGCACGAUGCAAAUGCAACAGCAGCUGUUUGAAUCGCGUCGUUCAACACCCACUGCAAACGAAGCUGCAGGUGUUCAAAACGAGCAACCGUGGCUGGGGCAUUCGCUGUUUGAACGACGUAUCGAAGGGAAGCUUCAUCUGCAUCUACUCGGGACAUUUACUGACGGAGGAAGCUGGAAACAUGAUCUGUCAGAUGAACGCGAAUAAGGCAGGGGACGAAUAUUUCGCCGAUUUGGAUUACAUCGAAACGGUGGAGCAGUUGAAGGAAGGGUACGAGACAGAUGUGGUUGAGUCGGAUAGUGAACUCGAUAGCGACGAGGCGGAAUACGACGCAAAACGUGAUACCGACGCAUCGGAUGAUGACUUUACUACGAGCUGCAACCCUUCCAAGGCUGCGGUAAAAACUAGAUCUCAAGUUAGAAGAGAUAGCACUAAAAAGACAGAUCCCAAGAGACAAAGUAAAAAGAAGGAAGAUAAUGGAUAUGGUUCUGAUGAUGAACGCGAAAUGGUGAACUUAGUGCCCAAUUCGGACAUGACCAAAGGAGAUGAAUCCAGCCCUUCGAUAAAAUAUCGCUCGGUACGUAAACUGUUUGGGAAACACGAGCAGAUAUACAUCAUGGAUGCCAAAAAGUCUGGAAAUCUUGGUCGAUACUUUAAUCAUUCCUGCAAUCCGAACCUAUUUGUGCAGAACGUUUUCGUCGAUACGCAUGAUCUUCGAUUCCCGUGGGUAGCAUUCUUUGCGUUGUCCAAUGUUAGAGCAGGCUCAGAGCUAACAUGGAAUUAUAACUACGACGUGGGAUCCGUACCAGGAAAAGUGUUGUAUUGCCAGUGCGGCGCUGAAAACUGCCGUCAACGAUUACUGUAAGGCAAGGAAGCGCCCCUGACGGAGGUUUGUGACAAGUCUCUUUUGUGUACUCAAUCUAUCGAUGUUCUGUGUAUUGUAAGAAAUUUUAAAACAUGUCAUACAUAGGAAAGUUUCUAGAAUGAAUAUGAAAUAUAAAAACCAUUUCCAUGUCAACAUAUGAA